UUCAUUAUUGACACCAUAAUCAAUGGCGGUUCUCCCCAGAACAGGCGACUGAUUCGGCGGCGAUUUUAGGGCCUUCUCUCUCUCUCUCUCUCUCCGCCGCUCCUUUUUGGGUUGGAGGGCAUCAGCUUUCGCCUGAAUCAUCGAAGAAGAGGAUAACGAACGUUGUGGCUUCUUGUUGACUCCACUUGGACAACGAUUUCACUCCUCUCUAUAAAUAUAUGGCAUUGGCGCCUUUUAUUCACGCCCGCUCUUGCUACAACCACAUUUUUGGCCGUCCAAGAACCGGUUCUUCUCAUGAACCUUUAGUGACCUCGUCGUUUUCUUCUUCCUCUUCCUCCUCCUCCUCUCCCUCCUGUUCUUCAUCUGACUUGAAUCUCAGUUGGAGAGUAUUUGGUCUUGGACCUCAAGGUAUGAGUAAUUCAACCCAGGGAACAUUCUUAUCAUCAAGCAGCUUUGGAAAUGUACGAAACGAGCCAGAUCACCUUCUUGUCCUUGUUCAUGGCAUCAUGGCUAGCCCAAGUGAUUGGACUUACUUUGAAGCAGAGUUAAAAAGGCGUCUUGGAAGAAACUUUGUAAUAUAUGGAAGCAUCAACAUGAGUGUAAUAUUUACGACUUUUGCAUUAUUGUUGGAAAGUAAAAGGCUUGAGAAAGUGCAUGCAUGCGUUCCUUCCACUAUGAAGGUGUUGGUUAUGUUGGAUGGUGCUACCUCGUGCAUUGCGACAAGUUCCUCAAAUGCUUUUACUAAAUCUUUCACUGGAAUUGAUGGUGCGGGAAAGAGAUUAGCUGAUGAGGUCGUGCAAAUUGUAAAGAAAACAGAGAGCUUAAAAAGGAUUUCUUUUUUGGCUCAUUCACUUGGUGGUUUGAUAGCGAGAUAUGCUAUUGCUGUCCUUUACAAUAACUCAAAUACCUUAAGUAGCACACUAAAUGGUCCUUGCAAUUCUUCAAAAAGAGGUGUGGUUGCAGGACUAGAGCCAAUCAGUUUCAUUACCUUGGCAACGCCUCAUUUGGGAGUGAGAGGUAACAAGCAGCUUCCUUUUCUUCUGGGACUUCCAUUCCUAGAGAAACUGGCUCUACCAAUAGCCCCUAUUGUCGUGGGUCUAACGGGCAGUCAGCUGUUCCUUACAGAUGCAAAACUCGAUAAACCGCCACUUCUCUUAAGAAUGGCAUCUGACUGUGAAGAAGGGAAAUUCAUAUCUGCCCUUUGUGCUUUUCAAUCGUGCAUCCUUUAUGCCAAUGUAGCUUAUGACCAUAUGGUUGGUUGGCGCACAUCAUCUAUAAGGAGAGAAAAUGAAGUUAUGCAGCCCCCUCGCCGAUGUUUGGAUGGUUACAUGCAUGUUGUAGACGCAGACUAUUAUCCUCCUGUUCCCUCUGCUGGUGCCAAUUUCCCCUUAGAAGCAGCUCAAAGAAAGGAGGCGGCACAAAAAUCACCCAUUGCGCACAACACAGUGGAUUAUUAUGAAAUCAUGGAAGAGGAGAUGAUCCGAGGCUUGCAACAGGUGGCAUGGAAAAAAGUUGAUGUCAGCUUUCACUCCUCAUUCUGGCCAUUCUUUGCGCAUAACAACAUCCAUGUGAAAAAUGAAUGGCUUUACAAUGCUGGUGCUGGUGUGGUAGCUCAUGUCGCAGACACCCUCAAGCAACAAGAAUCAUUUUGGUUGGCAGCCCCCACAGGUAGCUCAUAGCUGUGAGUAAUACCUGCCUGUGUAAUAGUGUUCAAUCAUGUUGAAGAAUCAGCACGUUAUAAGGAUGAGAGAAUACCACAGAUUAUUUGCAUUGUCACAGUUUAGUAUAGUGUAGCUUGGAUGUAAGUAGCCUUGUAUAUGAAUUUCUCUGCCCAUGUAAAAGCUUGCUACAGAGAAAUUAAGGGUAGUUCUACAUCUGUUUCUACAGUAAUGAUGUUGAAGAAGAAACAACAUUGAUAUACUGGUAUCUUAAACCAACUUGAUAAUUAGAAGCUUUUACUUUGGAGCUGUUAUGGCCAUCUUUGUUGAUGA